AUGGUUACAGUACUCGUUACCCGGAACGGGAUACCCACGCCCACCCUCGUGCCGGCUACCGGCACAAUACGCGCUCCGCUCCCGUCAUCCUCCUCUGACCCGGAUUCGGAACCCGACACGAACCGGCCCCCUGCCGCCACACCACUAACCCCACGCCAGAUACGUUCCAAAAUAGCUGCAGACAAAUUCCUAGCCCGACAGGAUCGCAUCCGGGCAACUCGCGCCGCCACGAGGCCUCUCACACGCCAACCCCGCCCAUCCAGGCUGCGCAACACUCACGCCAACCACACGGCAACUCCGACCCAAUACCUCUCUGAGGAUGACAAACCCAUCCGUCCCCGACCUGCUCGCAAGCCAUCCCCGCCCACUACCCCACCUCAGGCCCUGCCCUCCAAGUCUGCCCACGGCCCAGCCCCAUCCACUAUCACGCCAACCACACCCACCUCCACCAAGACCAUACGCAGCUCCUCCACGCAAAGCUCGCUCCCCGCGGCAUGGCGACGUACACAGACACCCGAUAACACAACAGGACCCAUGGACCUCGCGCGAGAAACUUCCCAUCCCCUACCACCACAACCACUCCUUGCCAGUGCACCCAAUACUGCACUCGCCACCCAUCCUCCCCGUCAUCAUCCCACUCCUCCAGCACAUCCCCUUCUUACCCAGGCCACCACUAUACCGACCAGCAGUCUCACACCAUCCCCUACCACUGCCUCUCCACCUCCUCCGACUACUGCCAGGAUGCUACCAACCAACCGCACCGCGGACCCCACAACGCCCACGUGCACCACCCUAUGGCCCACGAGUUUUCGGGCCACCUCAUCAGUCCCAUGUCUCACCAGAGUUUCGCGCCACCCCGGGGCACACAAUCGCACAAACGUCCCACUCCCAGCAGACCCAUCACCUCACCCAUCACCAGGACCAUCCGGCACCGUUCAGCGACAAAUUCCGCCGGACCAAGCCUUGAGCCUUCUCCACCAUGGGCACACUGCACAACCAAGCACACCUCCCAUGCACCCACGCUCGGCCACGCCUCCCUCUAGCCCACCACCAUCCCCGGGCACCUGGACAUUACCACACCCACAACCCACCGGACCAACGGCACCCUCGGUACAAGAUUCGGACCAGCAACCCACCCCACUGGGACAGGCCUCUGUCCAGCCAAUGGAAACCAUAGGACAGGCCGCGUACCGGGCCACCUCAUCCACCAGGUCCGUUACCCACCCCGCUACCAAACGCCCACACUCCGAAGUCGAUCCAGACCUGAACCUCGCUCACCCCUCCUUCACGAUACCACCGUCCAAACGCCACCAAGCUAUGCUCUACCCGCCUACCCCGUCCUACCAGCCCUGUCCACCCGACCCUACACAGCACACGCAGGACUCCACCGACCCACCCUCACACGAGGAAGACCUUGACGAAUAUGAUGCCAACACUGCCCUCCAAUUCCCAGGCCUACGCAACCUCUGCGAUGAAGGACAACCGAUCCUAUACCGCACAAUGACCAUGUACUGGGAACGCGAGGCACACCUCUUCCAAGGGUUUACUCCCGCGGAGAUUACGGAUAUCGAGCAACACUUCUCCGAGACCAUGGUUAGGAUCCAUAUUGCUAUCACACUCCGCCUAGGCAAAGGUACACUUGUCACCCUAAUCGGCACGUACUGUCAAGACAACCCCGCCGCCCACAAGGAAGCCACGGACAGAGAAUGGCAAUGGCUAGCACAGGCAGCUACCCGAGCCACGGGCCCCCACCACUUGGUGGUCAUGGGAGGGGAUUUCAACACAUAUGGGCCAAACCCCCUCGACCGGUUGGCUCCAACACCAAGAGGCAGCCCCAGCAGUGACAUUGGCAUCGCCUUCCAACAAUGGACGCAGAGCACAGGCCUUGUCUCCUCCUUCCGUCACCGCCACCCUAACCUCCAACGGCACACAUACGCCCGCAACAACACGGCCGUCGCUCUCGAUGACAUCUGCAUCUCAGCCCAAACAGCCCACAAAGUAGGAGCCAGUGGCAUCUGGCUGCACACAAUCCACUCCAGCGACCAUGCAGGCACUCCAUAUAUGGCCCUCGACCUGUGCCCUGGCGACCACACCCCCACACGACUUACUGGGGUCAAACCCAUCCGCGUUGUCAACACCCGCAACCUUGCAAAGGCUGACAUAGCAUCCUUCGGUGUACACACAUCCAAACUCCUCAGCGAGGGCAAACUACCCCAACUCACCCCAGCACCCCCCCCUAACGCAGUCACAGCAUGGUCCCCCCAGGAAAUCGGGGACUGGCUCGAUGGCGACAUCCGCAACCUGUACGACAUCCUCUACAACAGCGCGAAACUCAAAUGGGGGGAAACAAGCCAAACUCGGAAAGCCCUCAACAGGGCAGUAGCGAUACAGCGAACCAACCGGUGCACCGCUCAGCUCCGCCAACUGCUGCGCCUCCACGAGGCGGCCCCGCGCACUGGCACGGAAUAUACCCGACUCGCCCACCUCGUGGAAUGGCCCAAGUGGAUCCGUGACCCCAACCUUCUCCCACCCACGUGCUGGCACCGCGCUGAUGCUAUUGCCAUAGGAGAAUGGUGGACUACCAUGCCGACCACACAGCACCCCACUCCAGACUGGGACCACUGGCUCAGACAGGGCAUCGCGCGCUGGACCAAGGUCUGCCGCAAACGUCAGGACUGGCGAACUACCAGCCUACGCCUAACACGGAUGCAACAACGUACGGCUUGGUUUAACCGCAGUCAAACCCGGAAAUUUCUCCGCUCGGCCCUGGGCAAUACUACUCCGCCCAUCUCUAUACAAAGCGUAAUUGUCCGCCCAACGGAUGGACCUCCGCGAUACAGCUCCAACCGCGAAGAAGUGGCCGCGGGCCUCCGCCACCUACUGGACAACUGGAUCCCCCCGGGGGGAAAAACAACGCGCCCCAGGCACCUCGACUCAGGCCUUGAAACUGACCGCCAAAAAGUUCCCCAUUUCGUCCGCGACUGGCUACUCCAGGACAUGGACCGACCUGACGAAGUUGCACAAGCCUUCUAA